ACAUUCGGUCAUAGAAGCGGCGCAGGGGGCGCUCGAGCCGCGCGGGUGAGACGAAUCAACGCUCCGAGGCACAUUACCGAGAGGGUGAGUAGACUAAUUGCGUAAACCGCCGCGUCGUCCUCUUCAUCCCCCGCAAACAGCAACUCGGGAGCGCAGACGUUCACCCAGGGCCGCCUCUCCUGUUCAUGCGGGUAGGUCCCUGCUGCUCACCGAGGAGCAGGAGAUCCAGGGCGAUGUCAACGCCAGAUCCCCCCAUUGGAGGCACCCCUCGCCCAGGUCCCUCCCCUGGCGCCAUGCUGGGCCCCGGUCCCUCCCCUGGCUCCUCUCACAGUAUGAUGGGCCCCAGCCCUGGCCCUCCGUCCUCUGGACUCUCCCAGCCAGGGCCCUCUGGAUACGGCCCGGACAGCAUGCACCCUCUGCACAAAUCCAUGGAGAGCCUGCAUGAGAAGGGCCUGGGGGAGGAGAGCCGCUUCAUUCAGAUGAAGGGACUGUCGAUGAGACAGGGCGGGCACAGCGGUAUGGGCCCCCCGCCCAGCCCUCUGGACCAACACUCGCAAGGUUACCACUCUCCAUUGGGUGGUUCUGACCACUCCAGCCCUGUCCCUUCAAAUGCCCCCCCCUCUGGACCUCUAAUGCCAUCCUCCUCCUCCUCCUCUGGUGGUCCCGGCUCUGCCUCUGCACCUCUAGACGGCCCCAGUGGCGAUCAACACUCCCUGGGUCCAAAUAACCGGCCCGGCCCUCCGGGUAGCUGUGGCCCAGGCCCCAGCCACGGGCCCAUCCUGGGACCCGGUGUCUCUGGGCUCACCUCCGGGCUUGAUUCUGGAGGCCCUCCGUGCCCGGGAGGUCCUGGUGGUCCUGUCGGUCCUACUCCUUUCAACCAGAACCAGCUUCACCAACUCAGAGCCCAGAUCAUGGCUUAUAAGAUGCUGGCCCGGGGGCAGCCCCUGCCAGACCACCUCCAGAUGGCGGUCCAAGGGAAGAGGCCGAUGCCCGGGAUGCAGCAGCAGCCCAUGCUCAGCCUGGCUCCCGGAACUGGAAGCGGACCGAUAGGUGGGCCAGCAGGACCAGUACCAGGGCCUGGGCCGAUGGGCUCAGGCUACAGCCGAGUUCAUGGAAUGAUGGGCAUGCCUCCUCCAGGCCCGUCGGGUGCAGCUGGGAUGCAGGGACAAAACCCAAACGGACCCCCGAAGGCCUGGCCUGAAGGUCCCAUGGUGAAUGCAGCAGCCCCCUGCAACACUCCUCAUAAGCUUAUUCCCCCUCAGCCCACCGGUCGGCCUUCAGUUCCCCCCGCCGCCUCCCCAGUAAUGCCGCCACAGACUCAGUCGCCCGGCCAGCCAGCACAGCCUACUCCCAUGAUGCCUUACCACGCCAAGCAGAGCCGCAUUACCCCCAUUCAGAAACCCUGCGGCCUCGACCCAGUGGAGAUGCUGCAGGACAGGGAGUUCAGGUUACAGGUUCGUAUCACUCAUCGUAUUGCUGAACUGGAGAACCUGCCGGGUUCUCUGGCGGGUGACCUUCGUACCAAAGCUACCAUCGAGCUCAAAGCCCUCCGACUGCUGAACUUCCAGAGACAGCUGCGCCAGGACGUGGUGGUGUGCAUGCGUCGCGACACGACUCUGGAGACCGCCCUCGACGCCAAGGCCUACAAGCGAAGCAAGCGGCAGUCUCUGCGAGAGGCGCGCAUCACGGAGAAACUGGAGAAACAGCAGAAGAUCGAGCAAGAGCGCAAGCGCAGACAGAAACAUCAGGAGUACCUCAACAGCAUCCUGCAGCACGCCAAAGAUUUCAAAGAGUACCACCGCUCCAUCACGGGCAAAAUGCAGAAAGUGACCAAAGCGGUGGCGACCUACCACGCCAACACGGAGCGGGAGCAGAAGAAAGAGAACGAGCGCAUCGAGAAGGAGAGGAUGAGGAGGCUCAUGGCUGAGGAUGAGGAGGGCUAUCGUAAACUGAUCGACCAGAAGAAGGACAAGCGUCUGGCCUACCUGCUGCAGCAGACCGACGAGUACGUCGCCAACCUCACCGAGCUGGUACGGGCUCACAAAGCUGUGCAGGCCCUCAAGGAGAUAAAGAAGAAGAAGAAGAAGAAGAAGAAGUUGGAGAUCGCCGAGGCUCAGCCCGCUGCCGUGGGCCCUGAUGGAGAGCCUCUGGAUGAAACAAGUCAGAUGAGCGACCUGCCCGUGAAGGUCAUCCAUGUGGACAGCGGGAACAUCCUGACAGGAGUGGACGCCCCUAAAGCCGGACAGCUGGAGUCCUGGCUGGAGAUGAACCCCGGUUAUGAGGUGGCUCCUCGCUCAGACAGUGAAGACAGCGAGGAGGAAGAAGAGGAGGAGGAAGAGGAGGAGCCUCAGCCAUCGGCUGCUCCGGUGGAGGAAAAUAAGAAGAUUUCAGGGCCCGACGGCGUAGACGUGUCGGAGGUGGAUGUCCAGCACAUCAUCGAAAACGCUAAGCAGGAUGUGGAUGAUGAAUACAGCGGCGCAGCGUUCGAGCGAGUCCUCCAGUCGUAUUAUUCUGUGGCUCACGCUGUCACUGAGAAGGUGGAGAAACAGUCCUCUUUGUUAAUAAAUGGACAACUCAAACAGUAUCAGGUUAAAGGUCUGGAGUGGCUGGUUUCUCUCUACAACAACAACCUGAAUGGGAUCCUCGCGGAUGAGAUGGGUUUGGGGAAAACCAUCCAGACCAUCGCCCUCAUCACGUACCUCAUGGAGCACAAACGGCUCAAUGGGCCCUCCCUCAUCAUUGUGCCACUCUCAACUCUUUCUAACUGGGUGUAUGAGUUUGACAAGUGGGCACCAACGGUCGUGAAAAUCUCCUACAAGGGAUCUCCUGCUGCCAGACGAGCCUUCGUCCCCCAGCUGCGCAGUGGCAAGUUCAACGUUUUACUCACCACUUACGAGUACAUCAUCAAGGACAAACAAGUACUGGCCAAGAUUCGCUGGAAGUACAUGAUCGUGGACGAGGGCCACCGCAUGAAGAACCACCACUGCAAGCUGACCCAGGUCCUGAACACCCACUACCUGGCCCCGCGGCGGGUCCUCCUGACGGGCACGCCGCUGCAGAACAAACUCCCCGAGCUCUGGGCGUUGCUGAACUUCCUGCUGCCCACCAUCUUCAAGAGCUGCAUCACCUUCGAGCAGUGGUUCAACGCCCCGUUCGCCAUGACCGGGGAGAAGGUGGACCUCAAUGAAGAGGAGACCAUCUUGAUUAUUCGUCGUCUCCACAAAGUACUUCGGCCCUUCCUGUUACGCAGAUUAAAGAAGGAAGUGGAGGCACAGCUUCCAGAGAAGGUGGAGUACGUGAUCAAGUGUGACAUGUCGUCUCUUCAGAGGGUUCUGUACAGGCACAUGCAGGCCAAGGGGGUCCUGCUCACUGACGGAUCAGAGAAGAACAAGAAGGGUAAAGGAGGCACAAAGACCCUGAUGAACACCAUCAUGCAGCUGAGGAAGAUCUGUAACCACCCGUACAUAUUCCAGCAAAUAGAGGAAUCUUUCUCUGAACAUUUAGGAUUCUCUGGUGGGAUAGUCCAGGGCCUUGACCUGUAUCGGGCCUCGGGAAAGUUUGAGGUGUUGGAUCGAAUCCUACCAAAGCUGCUAGCCACAAACCACAAAGUGCUGCUCUUCUGUCAGAUGACCACGCUCAUGACCAUCAUGGAGGACUACUUCGCCUAUCGCAGCUUCAAGUAUCUGCGUCUGGAUGGCAGCACAAAAGCUGAUGAUAGAGGAAUGUUGCUGAAGAUGUUCAAUGAACCAGGGUCGGACUACUUCAUCUUCCUCCUGAGCACAAGAGCUGGAGGCCUCGGCCUCAACUUGCAGUCUGCCGACACCGUGGUUAUUUUUGACUCCGACUGGAACCCGCACCAGGACCUGCAGGCCCAGGACCGAGCGCACCGCAUCGGUCAGCUGAAAGAGGUGCGCGUGCUGCGCCUCUGCACGGUCAACAGCGUUGAAGAGAAGAUCCUGGCCGCUGCCAAGUACAAACUCAACGUGGACCAAAAGGUCAUUCAGGCCGGCAUGUUCGACCAGAAGUCCUCCGGCAACGAGCGCCGGGCCUUCCUGCAGGCCAUCCUGGAGCACGAGGAGCAAGACGAGGUCUGGGGGCAGGAAGUGUGUCCCCACAUUACUGAGGAGGACGAGGUGCCGGAUGACGAGACGGUCAACCAGAUGAUCGCCCGGAGCGAGGAGGAGUUCGACCAGUUCAUGCGCAUGGACCUGGACCGCCGUCGCGAGGACGCCCGUAACCCUCGGAGAAAACCACGUCUGAUGGAGGAAGACGAGCUGCCCAACUGGAUCCUGAAGGACGACGCCGAGGUUGAGCGGCUGACCUGCGAGCAGGAGGAGGGGAAGCUGUUUGGACGUGGAUCCCGGCAGCGGAAGGAGGUGGACUACAGCGACUCACUGACGGAGAAGCAGUGGCUCAAGGCGAUCGAGGAGGGCACGCUGGAGGAGAUCGAGGAAGAGGUGCGUCACAAAAAGACGACCCGAAAGAGGAAGCGUAACCGCGACCUGGACCUCCCCGGGCCCUCCUCUUCUUCCUCGGGGGGACGAGGGCGAGGGGACAAAGAUGAGGAUGGGAAGAGGCAGAGGAAGAGGGGACGACCGCCUGCUGAGAAAAUCUCCCCCAAUCCCUCCGCCCUCUCGAAGAAGAUGAGGAAGAUCGUGGAUGCCGUCAUCAAGUAUAAAGACAGCGCCAGUGGGCGUCAACUGAGCGAGGUGUUCAUCCAGCUGCCGUCUCGAAAAGAGCUGCCGGAGUACUACGAACUGAUCCGCACGCCUGUUGACUUCAGGAAGAUCAAGGAGAGGAUUCGAGGUUAUCGCUACCGCACUCUGGGUGACCUGGAGAGAGACGUCAUGCUGCUCUUCCAAAACGCUCAGACCUUCAACCUGGAGGGGUCGCUGAUAUAUGAAGACUCCAUAGUCCUCCAGUCAGUGUUUACCAGUUUGAGGCAAAAAGUCGAGAAGGAGGAAGAAAGUGAGGGAGAGGAGAGCGAGGAAGAGGAAGAGGAGCUGGAGGAAGAAUCGGAGUCCGAAUUGAAAGUGAAGAUCCGUCCAGGAAGGAAGGAUAAAGGUGGAGAUCGAGGGAAGAGAAGCAGCAGACGAACAGGCCGCAACAGAGCCAAGCCUGUUGUCAGUGACGACGACUCAGAGGAUCAGCAGGAGGAGGAGCGCUCCCCCAGCGCCACCGACGAGGAGUCCUAAACUGUUCCAUGAUGUGGGAGAGAGGGAGGGGGGGGGGGGGAAUAACCCACCAACUCAAGCACUGCAUUUACAGUAAAUACAACACACCUCCGUCAACUCCAUCCACCCUCAGUCAAAUGUCGUAGGCCAAAAAGAGAAGUGAGGCCUUUGCGGCACCGUGGAUACAGGAACAGAUACGCGUCGACAACGCUGCACGGACAAUAUCAGGAAAUGCACACGUGAACUGGACUGUAACUGAUGGAGUUUGAAAAGCCUUGUAUCUUUUUGUGCCAUGUCAGGAGCCUCUUUGAUCUGUUUUUAUGAGAAUGUUGUCAGUGUGCGGUUUAAAAAAACAAACACAAUAUCCUGUAAAAGCCAUGCAGACAUUUGUAAUUUCACGUUUCUGGACUGCAGCAGUUAAAACUGUAACACUUCCAUUUAAGUCCUGCUAUUUACCAUUUAUAAUGAGUAUGUAAACGCAGUUCAUAACAUGCUAUAAUUUAGUUGUACGCCGCUAUAAAGACAUAUUUUGUAUUAUUACUUCUGUGUUUUACUAUAUUAUGGCUGACCAGAGGAGGACGUAUAGCUGCAUUGAUCAAUGCGAAUAUCUGCUCACAAGUAGUGUGUUAGAGACCACUUGUUGAAUGUUUGUAUAGUGUUUAUAAAGGCUUAUAGUGUUGGCAUCACAACCCACCUGAGCAUUCUUUAAGAGGAAUAUUGGUUCAGUCAGUUAAACCCUGACACAGCAAGACAUUUCAUUUCCGGACGCCUGCAUUCAUCCAGAUUUUCUGGAGUUAGAACUGGUGGGAUCCAGUAAAGUGAAGCAAGCAUUGAAUGUAAACAGAAUGUGUUUUCACCCGGCGACUCCCCUCCCCUCCCUCACCUGGACAUACAAACCAGAUGUUUUCACCUCUGCUUCACUGUGGCCAUCUGUGUUGCAACAACAGCCAGCAUCCUGAUGACAGAGGCGUGUGCACAUCGCAGAUCUGCGAGCGGCGCUCGCUGUUGGGAGUUGUGAACCCAGCCCGCUGCGGCCGCAGGGUGUUUCCAGACUUCUCCGAAGCUCUUUGGAAACUCACCGCAGUUGACUGAGGUUUAUUGGAGUUUGCUCCAGGUCACUCGUACUUCCAAUACGAGCACUUCUAACUGUUGAUUGACUGUUGAAUCAUGAGGUCGUCACUUUAAUUGCUUCUCCUUCCGCUGUUGUGUGGUGAUUUUAAGAUUUACGAACUGUUCGAUGUACUUUGGCACUUUUUCAGUGUUUGAUUUCAAGACAAAGGACCAGAGGGACAGCGGCUCCUCUCUGCUUGUGAACGCCUCACGGCCGUACGGUGUUGGAUAUACUGUAUAUAGUGGUUUCUUUAGGGCGUAAUGUCAAUGCACGUGUGCACAGCUCGCCAAGUUCAGUGCUGUACUUCUUUUCGUUAUGGUAGAGUGAACGACAUACAACCAAAGCAUCAACCUUUUCUCCUCUAAAUUAAUCGGGAUCUGUCUGUGUUGUGUUGUGCUCAUCGUCGCCUGAACUCACAGCGUAACAAUAAAUCACAGCAAAAGCAAA